GGAAAAGGAACUGAAUACGGGUAUUUACAUAUUUUUGAACUAGGAAAACAAAAAACCAUGAAUAAAAAACAUAUCCUAAUAACUAUAGACUGAUUUUCCGUUUUACACUGUUACGUUCACACUAUUAUAUAAUUGAAAAAAAAACGAAAUUUUUCUCUAGUAAAAAAUGCACUCUAGAAGAUGGUUUUGGCCACACUUAUCAGGCCCUGAAGCUGAGAAAUUACUUAUGGAAAGAGGAGUAGACUGCAGCUUUUUAGCAAGGCCUAGUUUAAACAAUCCCGGAGAUUUCACUCUUUCUGUAAGACGACACGACCAAAUAACACACAUAAGAAUACAGAAUUCUGGGGACUUUCUUGAUCUUUACGGUGGUGAGAAAUUUGCCACCCUUUCUGAGCUUGUCGAGCACUAUAUGGAAAACCGCGGACAACUCAAGGAGAAAAACGGGGAUGUGAUAGAACUUAAGUACCCCCUUCUAAGCAGAGACCCCACAACCCAAAGAUGGUUUCACGGCAACCUGACAGGUAAAAAUGCAGAAGCCCUUCUUGGAGAAAGAGGCAAGAGUGGGAGUUUUUUGGUAAGGGAAAGCCAAUCGAAAAUUGGAGAUUUCGUUUUAUCUGUGAGAAUAAAUGAUAAAGUGACACAUAUCAAAAUAAGAUCAACUGAAGACAACUAUUACGAUGUGGGUGGAGGAGAGAAAUUCAGCACAUUGACUGAACUUAUAGACUAUUACAGAAAUAACCCAAUGGUAGAGACAACAGGUCUUGUUGUACAUCUGAAGCACCCAUUCAAUGCGACUAAAAUAAAUGCUUCAGGUAUUUGCUCUAGAGUCAGGGAACUCCAAAGGGAGAAUAACACCAAAGAAGUUGGUUUCAGAGAAGAAUUCGAGUCUCUUCAACAGCAAGAAUCUAAACUGCUGUAUUCCAGAGAAGAAGGUUCAAAAUUGGAAAAUAAACACAAAAACAAAUAUAAGAACAUACUGCCUUUCGACCAUACAAGAGUGAAACUUAAAAACUUUUUUGAAUCGGACUAUAUAAAUGCAAAUUACAUAAAUUGGAGCAACGACACCACUAGCAUUACAAGUAGUAACAAAAUAUAUGAAAAUUUAGAAUUCACUGGGAAAACCUACAUAGCUACUCAAGGAUGUCUUCCGGAUACCUUGAGAGAUUUUUGGUACAUGGUUUGGCAAGAAAAAUGUCGGGUUAUAGUGAUGACCACCAAGGAAACAGAAAGAGGAAAGAAAAAAUGUGAAAAAUAUUGGCCAGACCAAGACAAAACAGAAACUUAUGGGGAAAUCAUUGUAGAAAGCAUAGAAGAGGUCAUAUAUCUUCACUAUACCUUACGGAGAUUCUCUAUAACCAUUGGGGAGAACAAACGGACAGUCUUUCAUUACCAUUUUCAAGCUUGGCCAGAUCAUGGAGUCCCCUCCGAUCCAGGUAGUGUCUUGAACUUUCUACAGGAAGUGAACAAACGGUAUGAAAAUAUCAAGUUGGAAUAUCUGGAAGGCAAUGGCCCAGGACCUGUGCUGGUCCAUUGCUCCGCUGGAAUUGGUCGAACUGGCACCUUCAUCGUGAUAGACAUGAUCUUGGACUACUUGAAGACGCAUGGACUCAACAGCGAGAUAGACAUACAGAAGACUGUUCAGAUGGUGAGGUCCCAGAGGUCUGGAAUGGUCCAAACAGAGGCCCAGUAUAAAUUUGUCUACUUGGCAGUCAAGCAUUACAUAGAAACGACCACAGAAAGGAGGAGGGCCAACCAGAAGUCUCUGCAAAUCGGGAGGAACUACACUAACCUUUACGGCAACACAAAUUCUUCAGUUGCCAAUAGAAGAAUGACGCUGAGUAAUCUACCUACAAUACCGUCAGUUACAUCAGCUAACAACAGAGCUAGUUGGACAACCUUUUCACCAAACUCCCCGGAGGACCUAAUUAAAUUCUUCGAUUACGAAAAUAUAGGACUACAGAACGCACCACCUGUUCCUCCAAGAAACUUUAAGAGACCUACAGAAAGGAAUUAUUUGGAUAAAGAUAGGCCUAUAAGAUGACCAAAGUGGGCAGCUACCAUUGGUGGAGCAUUCAAUUGUGAUAAGUUAUGGGUGACAAGAAUAGACCCUUGAUUGAUUCCAAUUUCUAACAGUGCCAAACGAGUAUGAUAAUCAUACAAACUGAUCGAUAUUUUUACUGUAGUUUUUUAUUAAUGGAGUUAUAUUUCAACAAAUUCUAAUUAUUAGUGUAUAAAAACUAUUUUGUAUAUUUUGUUUGAAUACAACUAAAAGCACAUAUUCUUUUCA